GCGGUUCGGGGAGGCUCGCGACGGAUCGGGGCCCGUGCCGCGAAAGAGGCUGCAGUCGGAAAGCCGCGCAGGACGGCCGAGCCCGGAGGCCCCGAGCCGCCACGCGACGGCCGAAAGAGCGGCUGGACUGCCAGGCGGCGGGUCUACGCUGCUGUGGUGAUGGGUGGUGUUCGGGGCCGGCGGGAGCUGUUCGGCCUGCUGUGUGGGGUCUGGCUGUGGGUGAGUGCCGCUGAGCCAAGCCCCCCAGCACCCACAGGCCAGAGCCGGGAAGGGUCCCCGCUGCAGUUCCGGCUGGCGGGCUACCCCCGCAAGCACAACGAGGGGCGUAUUGAGAUCUUUCAUAACCAAGAGUGGGGCACCAUCUGUGACGACGACUUCACACUGGCCAAUGCCCACGUCCUCUGCCGCCACUUGGGCUUUGUUGCUGCCACUGGGUGGACCCACAGUGCGAAAUACGGCAAAGGCACAGGGCGUAUCUGGCUGGACAACGUGAACUGUGGCGGCAGUGAGAAGAGUGUUGUGGAGUGCCGUUCGCGGGGCUGGGGCAACAGCGAUUGUUCGCACGAAGAAGAUGCCGGUGUCAUCUGCAAGGACGAGCGCAUUGCUGGCUUUGUGGACUCCAACGUGAUUGAGACAGAGCAGAACCAGGUGGAGGAGCUGCACCUGCGCCCAGUGGUCUCCCAGGCCAAGCGGUCACUGCCGGUGACAGAGGGCAUCGUGGAAGUGCGCUACAAGAACAGCUGGGCCCAGAUUUGCGAUGCCAACUGGACCAGCCAGAACAGCCGUGUCAUCUGUGGCAUGUUGGGCUUCCCUGCGGAGAAGAAGGUCAACCGGAAUUUCUACAGGCCAGUUUCGAGGGUUCGCCCCAAACAUAGACGCAGGGAGGACUUUAGGGGCACCAAGAGGCUGUACGCACAGCGACACCAGCUCAGCUAUCGGCUGCACUCAGUGUCCUGCCUGGGGAACGAGGUCCACAUCUCCAUGUGUUCCUUCGAGUUCUACCGCAGCAACGCCACAGGAGUCUGCAAGGGUGGGAUGCCAGCUGUGGUGGGCUGUGUGCCUGGGCCCCUGUUUGCCACAGGCAGUGCCCAGAAGAAGAAGCGGCAGCAGAAGCAACAAGGACAGAAGCACCUCCGGCUGAAGGGUGGGGCCAAGCCUGGCGAAGGGCGGGUGGAGGUGCUGAAGAACAACGAAUGGGGCACCAUUUGUGAUGACCGCUGGAACCUGCUGUCGGCGAGUGUCGUUUGCCGUGAGCUGGGCUUUGGCAGUGCCAAGGAGGCCCUGACGGGGGCACGCAUGGGCCAAGGAAUGGGCCCCAUCCACAUGAAUGAGGUGCAGUGCGCAGGCUCUGAGAGGUCGCUGUGGAGCUGCCCAUACAAGAACAUCACGCAGGAGGCCUGCAAGCACUCAGAAGAUGCCGGUGUCCGUUGCAACGUUCCCUACAUGGGCUACGAGACCACGAUCCGCUUGAGUGGGGGCCGCAGCCGCUUUGAGGGGCGGGUCGAGGUGGCGCUGGGGGCUGGGAGCAACGGCACCCACCAGUGGGGCUUGAUUUGUGGAGAUGGCUGGGGGACCCUGGCAGCCAUGGUGGUAUGCCGCCAGCUAGGCCUGGGCUUCGCCAGCCAAGGUUUGCAAAUCCGAAUAGUCGGUGGCCGCUCAGCCUUUGAGGGUCGUGUGGAGGUGAAGCACGCCGGUAGGUGGGGCACGGUUUGCAGCUCAGGCUGGAGCACCACGGAGGCCAUGGUGGCUUGUCGCCAGCUCAGCCUCGGCUACGCCAUGCAUGCCGUGACGGAAACUUGGUACUGGGACGCCAGCAACGUGACGGAGAUGGUGCUGAGCGGUGUGAAGUGUACGGGGCAGGAGAUGACGCUGAGCCACUGCCAGCACCACAACGCUGUCAACUGCCCGAAGACUGGCACUCGCUUCGCUGCUGGCGUCAUCUGCUCCGAGACUGCCUCUGACUUGCUGCUCCAUGCCCCGUUGGUACAAGAGACUGCAUACAUUGAGGACCGCCCUCUGCACAUGCUCUACUGUGCUGCGGAGGAGAACUGCUUGUCCAGCAGUGCCCGCAAUGCCAACUGGCCCUAUGGGCACCGGCGCCUCCUGCGCUUCUCUUCUCAGAUUCACAACAACGGCCGGGCAGACUUCCGCCCCAAGGCUGGGCGCCAUUCUUGGGUGUGGCACGAAUGCCACGGGCACUACCACAGCAUGGACAUCUUCACCCACUAUGACCUCCUCACCGCCAACGGCUCCAAGGUGGCGGAGGGGCACAAGGCCAGCUUCUGCCUGGAAGACACAGAGUGCCACGAAGACGUGGGCAAGCGUUACGAGUGUGCUAACUUUGGAGAGCAAGGCAUCACCGUGGGCUGCUGGGACCUCUAUCGGCAUGACAUUGACUGCCAGUGGAUCGACAUCACAGACGUCCAGCCUGGCAACUACAUUCUGCAGGUGGUGAUCAACCCCCGCUACGAGGUGGCAGAGAGCGACUUCACCAACAAUGCCAUGAAGUGCAACUGCAAAUAUGACGGACAUCGCAUCUGGGUGCACAGCUGCCAUAUAGGUGAUGCGCUCAGCGACGAGGCAAGCAGGCGCUUUGAACAGUAUCCUGGACAGCUGAACAACCAAGUCGUAUAGGCCAAACCACCCGACAGCCUGCCCGUGCCAUCUGCAUCAAGCGGGGUUGGGACAGCACAGCGGCAUUGGCUUCCUGCCCUCCUCCAGGCCCAACAGACCGCAUGGUGCCAACAGGUCGCUCCGCCUGGCCCGGCCUCUGCAAGCAGUCUGGUGCCCCCCCGCAAGCAGCCUCCUCCCGCCCCCAAUGGGCACGGCUGAACCCACAGGACAAAGCCUGGGGCUGGGAGAAGCAGGGAGGCAGCAGAGUCUGGGGUGGCAUGCCUCCCCACCCCGGGUGCCUCCAUCCACUGGGCCCUCUCUUCAAGUGGUGCUUGUCGGCCUCCAGGGCAGGGCUGUUUUCUAUAUAAAGUGUAAUUUUUUGCCCCC